GCGAUUCAUUGUCGAGAGCGGCAUGCCGUUCAACUGUGUGAAGCUUGAGAGCUUCAAACGCAUGUUGACGUUGAUCAUCCCGCCUGGGGUUCCAGGAGUCCCCACCCCAAAACCCCCAACGUAUCACAUGAUCCGUACCACACUUUUGGAUGAGCUUCAUGUGGAAGUCCAAAUGUGUGUGAAACCUGUCCUCGCUACUGCAGCUACCUACGGUUGCACGAUAAUGAGAGACGGUUGGACGAACAUUCGGGGCCAAACGUUGUGCAACUAUCUCGUCGGCACUACACGGGGCGCCACAUACGUCGCGACAGAUGUUAUGCGAGGAAAGAAGGAUGCCACUGCUCUGGCGCAGGCUUGGCUGCGAAGGUUGAAGUCCCUUGACAUCAAGCUCGCCGACAUCACCGCUUUCGUCACAGACUCUGCSACUUCGAACGUUUCUGCGAUGGAGGUGUUCCAGAAGGAUGAGAGUGUCAAGCACAUCUUCUGGAUUCCUUGUGUGGCACACGUCAUGGACCUCAUCCUUGAGGACAUCGGCAGCAUUGACUGGGUGGCGMCCCGCAUUGCUCAGGCGCGUUUGGUCACAAAGUUUUUCAAGCGUCAUAGCCACGCUCGCGAAGUUUUGCAAGCUUUCACGACGAAGGCUCUGCUGCUUCCCGCCGAGACUCGCUUCGGUACGCAUGUGGUCGUUGAUGAUCGAUGGAAGGACACUGUUUGGUCAACGAAGAAGAUUCGAGACGACGCCGCGGAGGUCACAGCAUGGUUCGGUUGUCCUCAAUGGUGGGAGGAUAUGAGAGCGCUGUGCAAGUUGUUGGAUCCCAUCAUGGACAUGCUGCAGAUGGUGGACAGCGACACGAGGCAGAUUGGCAAGAUUCUGCGUCGGUACGACGAGAUGAUCGCGCGUUGUUUGUCUGCAUGUGCCGCUUUGGAGAAGGACGAGCAGGACRCGCUGCUUGAAGUAUUUGACAGAUGCCGCACCAUGUUCAAAUCGCCUGCUCAUGUUGCUGCCAUGAUGUUGGACCCCGAGUUUCGAGUCCGCACGAUGCCAAAUGACGAGGAGAUGCAGCACGGUUUAAAACUCGCUCUAAUUCAGUCUGGGUACCCCGAGUUUCGAGACCGCACGAUGCCAGAUGACGAGCAGAUUGGCAAGAUUCUGCGUCAGUACGACGAGAUGAUCGCGCGUUGUUUGUCUGCAUGUGCCGCUUUGGAGAAGGACGAGCAGGACGCGAUGCUUGAAGUAUUUGACAGACGCCGCACCAUGUUCAAAUCGCCUGCUCAUGUUGCUGCCAUGAUGUUGGACCCCGAGUUUCGAGACCGCACGAUGCCAGAUGACGAGGAGAUGCAGCACUUCGAGGUCCUCACUGCCAUUGACAAGUUUGAUUCCAGUGAGCCGCCGUUUGACGAUGUGGCCAUGGACCGGGCAGCGAGGAGCUAUACCCAUCCAGCAUGUUUCUGGGAGUCGAAGGAGAAGAGGUUCCCGCACACGGCCUUCUUCGCUGGCAGGAUACUGCGUGUGUGGGCGACUGCGUCGCCUUGCGAGAGAGCUUGGUCCCGUUGGAGUUUCAUCCACUCCAAAUCUCGUAACAGAUUGGAGGUGGCGCGGGCCGAGAAGCUCGUGCGAUGCCAUUGGAACCUUCGGCUCCUCGACAGGCAGGCUAUGUCGGACGAUGCUCCCAGUGACAGGCCACAUCCGUAUGGGAGCUGGGUGCACUACUGGCAGCAGGUGGAGGAGGAGGUGCCCACCGACCAGCWRCUUGUGGYAGACCGAGGAGCCCGUGUGACGGUCACGAAGGAGGAGUUGACGCAGGCGAGAGAGAGGAUGCGCGUCGUGUCCCGCAUGGGAGCCACUCGUCGCUUGCGGGAGUCUGACAGGAGGAGGUGUCGUGGCGGCGGUCGCAGAGGUGGUCGUCGGGGCGUUCGCGAGCGAGGCGGGCGUGGAGGUCCUGGCGAGAGUCGUCGUGUAGCGAGUCGUGGAAGGGCAGUGGACGAGCUAGUACGCAAGCCUCGACAGCGAUGGGAGGAGGGAGACUUUUUGUACGAGAGCUCGUCCAGCGAUGACGAGGAUUUCUUCGGGAAUGGCAGGCCUGCACAGGAUGGCGACAGCGAUUAUGACGACCGUCACCCGAAUGUGGGCGACGACGAUGGUGCCAGUGGCGAUGAUCACGGUGACGGAGGAGAUAGGCCACGACCAGCACAUGGUGACACGAUGCGCGCCGACGGGGCAGGGGGCGAGCACCGCACAACAUUAGAUGACGCUCGAGAUGGAGUGCAUGAUGAUGGUUCACGACCUGUCUCGGGCGGUGACCUGAGGCGCUUGAAACGCGGACCAAGGGAAAAAGACACUAUCGCUUCACGUGUGCGCAAACGUCAUGGUGGGGUUGCUAGCAUUCCACUAUCACAAGUCCCCGCAACUGGGCAAAUUCCAGUUUCUGAGGACUCUUUAAGCAAUCACGGCGGCGAGGAGCGGAUCGAGCUGCAUGGCGGGAGCGGUCAUCCACGAGGUCUACCCCAUGUGUCACCGCCCAAGCCACAACAGCCUGUUCUCAUUGAGCGUGGAUCGGACGGGUUUGACGUGGCAGGAGGCGAUAUUGCCGAUAUGAUUACGAGCCAAAUGGUGUCUGCCACGCCCUCAAUUUUUCGUGUUGGCAAACUACGCGAGGUGGCCCUUGGUUUGGCAGAGACGGCGACGCGACACCGCCGCGACGGUCAGCGCAGCAUCGCACAACGCAGUCUUUCUCUUUCGUUUGACGGCGCAGAGGAAGGGUCUCAUGGUGGGCCAGUUGACACACUCGAAAGAGAAGCAAGACAUCCAAGUUCGCCGUCAAACUUAGAGCAUCAUCCGAUUGCCGCGGCUGUCGGCGCAGAUGCGGGCGUCCCCGUCACAAACAGUGGCGCAGACGCGACAGAACAGCUUGUGGUUGGGUCAUCGGCGACAGCACGGCGCGACAGAGCCACUGUUUUGCCGACAGUGGCAUUUUAUGCCAGCAGGAAGAGUACUGGGGGGAUGGAUGAGYAGGGAGUCCGGAAUGUUGGUAGGCCAUCUGCACCGUCUAUGGGGAAACGAUCCAUUGGGAGUGUGGAUGGUGCUCGGCACACCGCCAUGGCCGAGUUUGAGGACCGACACGGGAGUGCUUUGCCGACGAAGACGUCUGAUGUCCAUGCUACGAGAGCCGCAAAGGCAAGUCUUUCUCGGGCAAGGUAGAAGGCCUCGACAAGGAAAGCGUCACGUUCAUCCUCACAUAUGCGUUCCCGAGAGAGAGGAUCGGGCGUUGUGCAUCUCGAG